AGUGGGCCUACUUCAUGUGAAACGUGUUUCGAAGUAUCCGUUAGCUGUCAGCUUAAUCAAAUACCCCGUAAAGAAAUGGGAGAUAAUGCUCAUUCAUCAAUUUCUUUAUGCUAAUCACUGAGAAACGCGUGAAGAGUCAGAUAUCAACUAGGGUUGUGGAAGCAUCAAGAAUCUCUGUGGUGCUCGAUCCUUUCAGAGGCCCAUGCAUGUUCUGGCUUUCAAUUUUUUCCAAUUUCAACUCACAAGUAUAGAAGACAAUCUUUAAAUAACCUGAAGAGGAAGCAUGCGAAAGUGGCUGUGCUGCAACUGCCAAGCAGAUGAGUCAUACGCAUCAACUGAAAAUGAAGUUAAAAAAGCCCCAUGGAAUUAUACGGAUGGAUUAAAGGCUCCAGCCCUUACCAAGAAUGAAGUGCAAAAAAUAAUGCCAACUAUUGAGGUGCCCGAAUUGUCACUGGAUGAAGUGAAGGAAAAAACUGGCAACUUCGGACCAAAUUCAUUAAUUGGUGAAGGAUCAUAUGGUAGAGUGUACUUUGCAAAACUAGACAACGGCAAAGCUGUUGCAGUGAAGAAGCUAGAUGUUUCAUCUGAGCAAGAAUCUGAUGUUGAGUUUUUAAAUCAGGUUUCCAUUGUUUCAAGAUCAAAACAUGAAAAUCUUGUUGAGCUGCUUGGUUAUAGUGUAGAAGGGAAUCUUCGCAUAUUAGCUUAUGAGUUUGCAACCAUGGGAUCUUUACAUGAUAUAUUGCACGGAAGAAAGGGUGUACAAGGAGCACAGCCUGGCCCUACACUUGACUGGGCGCAACGGGUAAGGAUUGCAGUAGAUGCUGCAAGGGGACUUGAAUAUUUGCAUGAGAAGGCCCAACCAUCUAUUAUACACAGGGAUAUAAGAUCCAGCAAUGUUCUCCUUUUUGAAGACUUCAAAGCAAAGAUUGCAGAUUUUAACCUUUCCAAUCAAACUCCUGAUAUGGCUGCCAGGCUUCACUCUACUAGGGUUCUGGGAACUUUUGGUUAUCAUGCACCGGAAUACGCAAUGACAGGACAGCUCACUCAGAAGAGUGAUGUGUAUAGUUUUGGAGUUGUCUUGCUUGAGCUUUUGACUGGAAGGAAACCUGUCGACCAUACCAUGCCUCGUGGGCAGCAGAGCCUUGUUACAUGGGCGACCCCUAGACUGAGUGAAGAUAAAGUGAAACAAUGCGUAGAUCCAAAACUCAAAGAUGAUUAUCCCCCGAAAGGAAUAGCAAAGCUUGCAGCUGUGGCAGCAUUGUGUGUACAGUAUGAGGCGGAAUUCCGUCCAAAUAUGAGCAUUGUUGUUAAAGCCCUCCAGCCGCUAUUGAAGUCAUCUGCUCUUCCUCCUGCCCCCCCUCCUGAAAUUUAACAUUAAUACCAUUUGUUGCUCACUGUGUGGGCUGUGUGCAGCUUCUCCGGCUUGUUUCAUAUUGUGAAAUAGCUGUCUUUAACAACCGUCAAUUUGCCUUUUCUUUCAUUCGGAUUUAAAUUAUGAUUCAUUAUGUGGGUUGCAUUCUUCUUUGACCAUGUUAUUUGAUUGAAAAUCCUCUUUUUGUUCCCCUG